AUGCAGAAAUUACCAGUGGAAUUACUUCAUUGUAUUUUGGAUAAUCUUGAUACAAAAACAAUCGUUUUUUCAGUUCGACACGUUUGUCGAUUAUUUCGAUCGUUAGGUAAUAAUUAUGAUCGAUAUGUUUUGAAUUUGACUUUAAUUUCAAAGCGAAAUCUUAUUCUUCUUUGUCGAUUAAUUAAUCCAAAUAAUGUUGUAUCAUUGAUACUUUCAAAUGAGGAACAAACAUCAAGUCAAAUAGAUUUUUUUAUUUCACUCGUUCACCUUCGUCAAUUUACUCGACUCCGUUCAAUAACUCUUCUUCACACUAAUGAAUCUCAAUUAAACUUUAUUUUGGAACGAAUUAAUCUUAAUUUCCUUACUUCAUUUUCAUUCAGUAUUAAAAAAUACGAUGAUAGACAUAUCAAUACUACGAACAAUUUUCUUACAUCAAUGGUCUCGAAAUCGAAUAUUCGAAGAAUUGAAUUGAAUUUAUCAAAUGCAAGAUUAUCACAGAUUUCAUGGUCAUUGGAUUGUUCAAUUCAAUAUUUGAUUGUGAACCAAAACAUAACUAUGGAUAAUCUUCUAAUUAUACUUCAAUGCUCGCCUCAUUUGCACACAAUUAUUUUGAAAGAGACAUUGGAUGAGAUUAUCAAUCAUGUAUCAUUAAAAUUUGCUUCUCCAAUAUAUUUUCGACAAUUAACAUCAUUAACCAUGGAGAAUUUUCGUGAAACCGUUGAUGAUUUGGAAUCAUUUCUUUUAUUGACGCCAUCACUGGUUCAUUUAAAACUUGUUGCUAACCGACCCAUGUUCGAUGGGAAACGAUGGGAACAAUUCAUUGAAAUAAAUCUACCUAAUUUAGAUAAAUUUGAAUUUUAUUUUGAUUAUUGGAGUUCAGAUGAGAAAACCUCAGCAUAUCUUGAGUUAAUUAUUGCUUCUUUUCGAACUCCUUUUUGGAUUGAACACAAAAAAUGGUUUGUUAAUUGUGCAUGUGAUAUCAAACGAUCAUACACCGUUUAUCUUUAUUCAAUACCAAUAUGCAAAUCGUUUUUAAAAUACGAAGUAGAAAUGGAUAAAAAUUCACUCUUCAACCAUAUGACGACGAUGGACGAUAAUCAAUUCAUAAAAAGUGAUGUCAAUGUUCUCAAUCUAACUUUAAAUAAAAUAUUAGCCGAUUAUAUACAUGAAAAGGUAUGUUAUUUGACUAAAUUCAUACAUUUCAUAACAUAUAGUAGCAUACAAUGA